AUGACCUUCUUUUUUCAUUGCAUUUGCUCUUAUUUCUUUUCUUUUUUUUGUUUCCCUUCUCUCUGUUUUGUCUCUUUGGUUCACCCUUUUCAUUCCUUCAUCUCUUUUUUAGUCUCUCUCUUUAUCUUCACUUGUUCUUUUCUUUUUCAUUCAUCAUCAUUGUGUGUUUUUUUUUAUCCCUCUUGUUACUUCUUUUCUUUCCCUCUCCCACCUUUCUAUCUUACCUUCUUUUUUCUCCUCUCUUUUUUUCGUCUCUAUCUUCUUCUUAGCAAUCUUAUUCAUAUUUUCUUUUUUAUUUUCUUUCCCCGACUCUCAUUUCUUUCUAGCCAUUCUUUUCUCCUCUCUUUAGGCGUCGUUAACCUCUUUUUUAUCACUUUUAUACUUAUGUCCUUCUUUAAUACUUCUUGCUUACGGGAACUCCCACAAUUAAGUAUCUAUAGUAUUCCUUCAGAUCUAUCUAUCUAUCUAUCUAUCUAUCUAUCUAUCUAUCUAUCUAUCUAUCUAUCUAUCAUCUAUCUAUCUAUCUAUCUAUCUAUCAGUCUGUUUAGUAUUCAUCUAUCUAUCUAUCUAUCUAUCUAUCUAUCUAUCUAUCUAUCUAUCUAUCUAUCUAUCUAUCUCAGUCUGUUUAGUAUCUAUCUAUCUAUCUAUCUAUCUAUCUAUCUAUCUAUCUCAGUCUGUUUUAGUAUCUAUUUAGUCUGUUUAGUAUCUAUCUAUCUAUCAUCUAUCUAUCUAUCCAUAUCAUCUCAGUCUGUUUAUAUCUAUCUAUCUAUCUAUCUAUCCAUCUAUCUCAUAUCUAUCUAUCUAUCUAUCUAUCUAUCUAUCUAUCUAUCUAUCUCAGUCUGUUUAGUAUCUAUCUAUCUAUCUAUCUAUCUAUCUAUCUAUCUAUCUAUCUAUCUCAGUCUGUUUAGUAUCUAUCUAUCUAUCUAUCUAUCUAUCUAUCUAUCUAUCUAUCUAUCUUAUCUAUCUAUCUAUCUAUCUAUCUAUCCAUAUCUAUCUAUCUAUCUAUCUAUCUCAGUCUGUUUUGUAUCUAUUUAUCUAUCUAUCUAUCUAUCUAUCUAUCUAUCUCAUUCAUCUAUCUAUCUAUCUAUCUAUCUAUCUAUCUAUGCUGUGACGAGUCCUGAACAUGAACUUAUUCUUCAUUUUGGUCUUUCUCUCUGUACUUUCCGAACGUUUGCGUAUGAGCUGAUGUUUCUGGAUCAAUGA